UCCCCAUAGAGACAGGCUCCUACAACAGGGUUGCUCGUGCACCGUUAGAAUCGCCAGUCCUCCGUCAGAGACGAUGACAGCCUCAGUAUGAAAGAGCCAGCUAUUUGACAUUAAUGAUUCCCUCGAAAGCAGACUUCUGGGGUGGUUGCCAAUCGGAAUUUUUAUUAUUACUGUUAUUAUUAUUAUUAUUGGAUUAACGACCAUCAGCCGCCAGGCGAAGCUUUAUCCUGAGAGGCCGGAGAUUUGUGUCGCUGGGCAGGGAGGAGUCUGUUAUUUCAGCGUUAGCUGAAGCCAGGCCAGCAUGUCGGCGUUUUAACAAUACAUCCAUCUCAAAUACAAAGCUGCGGAGAGGAUCCUAAUGUGCUCUUAGAGGAUGGAUGUGGAGGUGAGUGCUGGCAGGGACAGCACCUGGAGGAGAGCAGCGGCAGCAACAGCAGAUGAUGAUGGUGGUGGUGGUGGUGGUGGUGGAGGAGGGGUGAUGGAGGCUCAGGUUGUACCGCUGGAGCUGUACGACUCUGCAAGAGCCAAAAUAGACGCAAAUCUCCGCUGGUUGUUUGCCAAAGCCUAUGGUACAGAUCAUGUUCCUGCAGACCUGCGGGACCCCUUCUACACAGACCAGUAUGAGCAGGAACACAUCAAACCCCCCAUCAUCCGCAUGCUGCAGUCUGGAGAGCUCUACUGUCGUGUGUGCGGGCUCAUCCUUCACGCCGAGCAGGCCGCCUCACUCCAAAACCACCAGUCUGUCAUCCAGGCUCUGUCGAGAAAAGGCAUCUAUGUCCUGGAGACCGACAACACACCAGUUUCUGAUCUGGAUCUCAGCGCCUCUCCCAUCAAAAUGAGCGCCCACAUCCACCUCAUUGAUUCCUUGAUGAUGGCCUAUACGGUGGAGAUGAUCAGCAUAGAGAAGGUGGUGUCCAGUGUCAAGCGCUUUUCAACCUUCAGUGCCUCAAAGGAGCUUCCUUAUGACCUGGAAGAUGCAAUGUUGUUUUGGAUCAACAAGGUGAACAUAAAGUUGAGGGAGAUCACAGAAAAAGAGUGUAAAAUGAAGCAACAUCUUCUUGAGUCACCCAGUCACCAGAAGCCUGAUAUCUUGCAUGCUCUGGCUCAUUGCUUACUGGAACCUGUGGAGUUUUCUCGUGUGGUGCGUUACCGCAGAGAUCACCUAUCAGGGCGGACGCUCCAGCACUUUCCCUUGUUGGACGACCUGUUGAAGGACGUGUGUGAUGGCACAGCUCUGCUGGCUGUGAUCCACUUUUAUUGCCCAGAACUCGUUAGACUUGAAGAUAUCUGUCUGAAGGAGGUUCCCUCUAUCGGUGAAAGUGUUUACAAUAUCCAACUACUGAGGGAGUUUUCAAACGAGUAUUUGAACAAAUGCUUCUAUCUGAAGCCUGAAGACCUGCUGUACUCCCCACCGGUACUAAAGAAUAAUGUGAUGGUCUUCAUUGCCGAGCUGUUUUGGUGGUUUGAGAGUGUGAAGCCAGACUUUGUUCAACCCCGGGAUCUUCAGGAAGUCAGAGAUGUGAGACUGCUGCUGCAGCCUAAAACUUCUCGAUCCUAUGUACCCAUCUCCAACAUCACUACACGAAGUUUCCUGACAUCAUCGCACUCUGCUGACACCCUAGCCACACCCACAAGCCCUGACCUCAGCACUAAAUCAAGCUCCACAAGCCCAUCUCUGCUGCCUCUGAGACAGAGACAACAGAAAAUGGUUGAGGAGACCACUUCAGAUAUAAGGCAUAGGCCUAACUCUCUGAUAGGUCCAGAUGUGCAACAUCAGGGCUCCAAAAUGGCCUGGCCAGACAGAAGGGCGAGGCCUUUAUCCCAGCCUGCACCCUAUGCCCUGCAUUUUGCCCCAGAGGAUGAUGCAGACAGUAUCAGUCUCGCUCGCUCCAUUAGCAAAGACAGCUUAGCCUCCAACAUAAUGAGCAUUACUCCUAAACACAUGCUGGGUGCGGGUCUGUCUCAGCAUAGACUUAGUGGUCAAAGCCUGCUUAGUCACAUGCGCAUAGAGGAUGAAGAAGAGGAAAUAGAAGAGGAGGAACUGGUUGCCGUUAUCCACCCUUCUGUAUUUUCUAGACAUCGAAUCGGGAGCAACAUGGAGCAGGAUGAGCUGGAAAUGCAGAGUGCAGCUCCUGCCUCAAAAGUAUGUAAUGCUUCUCGUUCUCCCUGUUUCGAUGCGGGCCCUUUUACUCUGGACUGCCAAGGCGACAGCUAUUAUCUGGAGCCUUUGUUGCCCGCCAUCCCUAAAAUGGCCAAAGAGAAAAGCAUCAGCCUGAACAAGCAGGAGGAGAGCGGUGAAAGUCGCUGCAGAGGCAUGGGAAAUGCAAGAAAUGCAACCACCAGUGUCCAGCGGACCUCACAGAGGAAAUCCCCCAGCGCCUGUACACCCACGCAAGUGGUGGAAUCAGUUCCUAGCUCUCUCAGGCAACUGAUCGAGGAUUCAGCAGUCGACUCUCAGCCUGGAAAGAAGCAAUCUGAAGGCUUUUUCCUUCACUUGUCAGACGAGCCAGACCAGCACAGUUCUUUCUCCACAGAUUGCAUGCCUGAGGCAGGGCCCGAUUCUGACUCUGACAUUGCAGACCUGGAGGAGGAUGAAGAGGAAGAAGAUCAGAUGGAGCUGAUGAAAGAGGAGGUGAAGGGAGGGAGGGGAAAGUGCCCAGAAGAGGAUGACACGGCUGAAUUUGGAGAAUUUGGAGAGGGCGAGUCAGCCAAACUCAGAGAAGACAUGAAGGUGAGCGAGCGGGAGGAUAAGGAAGAUUGCAGUGGGCGCUCUAGCCCUUGCCCUAGUACCAUAUCAUGGGCGAGCAGCUGCAGUGCUUCGGGCAGCGCCAGUGUCAAGAUGACCAGCUUUGCAGAGAGAAAACUCCUCAAACUUGGCCUCCGUGACGGAUACUCAAGUACCAGCAGCUCCCAAAAGACAACACCUGAUGGCUCUGAUGUCGCCCCCUGCCCUCCCUGGCAACUGAGGAAUGAUUCCGCCUCGGGUUUGCUGGGUAAAGAACCGAGCACUGUGAUGGGGAAGAAUACGGCACUUAGUUCUCCAGUUGUGCCUUCAGAGCUACUGCAACUUCACAUGCAACUGGAAGAGCAGAGACGUGCGAUCGAAUAUCAGAAGAAAAAGAUGGAGACGGUCUCAGCCAGGCAGAGAUUAAAGCUUGGGAAAGCUGCUUUCUUGAACAUUGUUAAGAAGGGUGGCGGGCGCAGCGACACUCUUCCUUUACCCCUCAAACACUCCAAGGAAUCCUUGGAGCUAACAUCCGCUGACAGGAAUAAAGCGAAGAGCCAGACCAGCAGAGAUGAUUCUUGUCUUGAUGCUCUAAAGGUUCAGACAAAAGGAGGUCAAAGAGAGGAAGGACCGAUGAACACAGACAACAGAUUAAACGCUCUCUCCCAGGAUAACGGAGCUGAACCUGAUAUAAAUGAGUGCUCCCGUUCCAUAGAGCUGCUCAACGAAGCUAUUAGUUCUAUUCAGCAGCAGAUGAUGCAGCUCUCAUUACAGCAAAACCUGCUCAUGAAGCAGAGCGUGGCCUCCCCUCCAGACUCGGUGCCGCCAGGCCCAAGCACACCCCCUGACACAAACCCAACACAACAAACACCUUCUACCUCAGACUCCAGAUCUUAUGCAGUUCACUUUGUAGAUAUCAGUGGCGGCUGUGCUGCACCAACUCGCCGUCCUCCCAAGCUUAGCUCCAGCCAGCGCAGCAAAGCCUCAGAGCUGAAACAGAGUAAAGAAAACAGCAAGAGUGUCAAAAAAUCAAACAUCCAACUUCCAGAAUGUGCUGAAGGGGAGGAGGUGGAGAGUACUGCUGAGAGCUCUAGGACUGAGAGAAGCCUUCAGAGAAACACCACCUUCAGGGUUCAAGACAGCGCAGGAGAGGGAACAGGGCGCCUCUCAGACAAACUCAAAUCACCAGACCCACCAGUUAUCUCCAGUACGACUCAAUCUCCGUCACAGGAUGGAGAGCGGGAGGAGGACGCAGCUGUCAGGUCAAGGACGGAGGUUGCCAGUGGGGAGGAGAGCACAAGGGUCAAGGGUCAGCUGAUUGAAGUCGACUUGUCAGAGCUCAAAGAUCCACUGGAGGAUGGCAGUGUAGACACCCCAGACUGCGUGGCAGAAGGCGAGCAGAAGAACGUGUUGGGCUUCUUCUUCAAGGAUGAUGAAAAGGCAGAGGACGAAAUGGCGAAACGUCGUGCUGCCUUCCUCCUCAAACAGCAGCGCAAAGCCGAAGAGGCGAGACUACGCAAACUUCAGCAAGAGGCUGAGAGCGAGCUCAAGCGUGAUGAGGCCCGGCGAAAGGCUGAAGAGGAUCGCAUUCGUAAGGAGGAAGAGAAGGCGCGGCGAGAGCUGAUUAAGCAGGAAUACUUAAGGCGGAAGCAACAAGCCCUGAUGGAAGAGCAGGGUCUAGUCAAACCUCGCCCACGGACCAAAGCCCGCAGGAACAGGCCUAAAUCGCUGCACCGUGAAGAGUACAGCAGUCUCUCCAAAGGAUCCGCUACACGUAAUUCUCUGAAGGUUUCCAUGUUGAUCAAAGCCCAGGACUCUGCAGCAGGCUGCAGGGGAGCCGAUCUGAGCUGCAGUCAUCGAGGAUCAACGCUCUCUUUGGCGACCGACGCAGACAGCGUUAUCUCUGGAGGGGCAGAGUCAAACAGGGCUGGAUCUGUGUGCUCUAUGGAGUCAUUCCCCCUAAGCAGGGCCUCCAGCAGGAACAUGGAACGGGACUGGGAGAAUGGCUCCAUAGCCUCUUCCAUCACUUCGAAUGAGUAUACCGGUCCUAAACUCUUCAAGGAGCCGAGCUCCAAGUCCAACAAGCCAAUCAUCAUCAAUGCCAUCGCCCACUGCUGCCUGGCCGGAAAGGUUAAUGAAGUGCAGAAGAACGUUGUUCUUGAGGAGCUAGAAAAGUGCGAGUCCAAUCACCUGAUCAUCCUCUUCCGUGACGGCGGGUGCCAGUUCCGCGCCAUUUACUCGUACUCUCCGGACACUGAGGAGAUCAUCAAGUUUUCAGGCACAGGACCGCGCAUCAUCAACCGGAAGAUGAUCGACAAGCUCUACAAGUACAGCUCAGACCGCAAGCAGUUCACUGUCAUCCCCGCCAAGACUGUGUCGGUCAGCGUGGACGCUCUGACCAUCCACAAUCACCUGUGGCAGGUCAAGAGACCAGGGAGUGCACGGAGAAAAUGAGAUAGGGGGACAUUUGUAACCAUUUCUGGUCCCAUCUGCUACUGUUGGGCAGGACCCAAUAAGCGUGGAGACGACUGUCAUGUCAUUAGAGGGUUCAGAUAUUCAAAAGUAUUGCAUUCUGUUAUAUUAGCUUUUUUUCUGCAUGUCACACUGCAGGGUUUUAAUUUGUGGGGAUAUCCUACAUUUAAUUAGGCACUUCUUUUUAUGUAGCACCCCCACUACUGAAUCUACUGGUACCAAGUGCAACUGUAGACACGCAGGGAUGAACCUGACAGUGUCUUGUAACAUUUACUGUUUCAGCUUGGCAAAGAAGUACCCGACUGCUGUGAUUAAUCCAGGCUGCGCAUACAGAGGAUUCUUCUACUACUCGUAUGUGUUUUUAUGACGAGGGAGCUUCGAACAGACUUUUUUUUUAUGUCCGUGUGGAAUGGAUGUUAGUAAGUGGUAGUCUUCUUUUCUAUUUAGUGUGUUUGGAGAAGUGCGUCAGUCUUUGUGUUAGGGGGAGGGGAGAGCAGAAUGCAGUUCUUCUGCAUUUGGCCCUGAAUGUGUUUACUCUCUUGAUUAUGCUUUAAAUCUUCUGACAACCAAGCAAAUGUUUUGGGGUUUUUCGGGGGGGGUAUUUGUGCUGCUGUUACGGUGGAAAACAAAAUAAUGUUGUUUUUACAUUAAGGGAACGUGUACUGGUAUUUAUCUCAAACCUGAAGCAAUUUAAAGACUGCAUUAAAUCACAUCUCAAGGGCGUCCUACGGAAAUAAUCGCACACAUAUUUAAACAUAUAUUCCACCUCCGAUGUGAGCCUUUUGAGAUCACUGAUUAGCUCACAUCGCUGAACCAAAAUUGACUGAUCUAUGCCACUGAGCUGUUUGCCUCUCACAUAUAACCACUCGCUGGAUGUUGGCGAGAUGUUCGUUUUUAAUGCAGCUUCUGGCGCUCCACACUAGUAAUUUCCUUGCAGUGACUGAUGUCAGCAGCUGGUACAGUGUUUGGGAAAACUGCACAAUACUUGAUAUUUGUUUGCUGCAUUUUGUACGUUUUUGAGCAGUAUUUUUUGUACGUUGCGUACAAGUUAUGUUUACUAAAAAAAAAAAAAGCAGGCACUAUUUCGAGGUUUGUUCUGUUACAGGCAUACAGAGCUGAGUCUUGUCCGUGUUAUAUUGAAUGUUUAUUUAUUUUGAUUAAAUAUAAUAAAUGCAGCUAGGUACAUUUUCUUGCUAAA